AUGCCGCGGAAUCUUCUUGGAUCUGUGUUUGCCAAGAGUUACCGCCGAUCCAGUGGAUGUCGCAAUUUCUCCUCAACUCCUGAGUCGAAUGGAGCAGGAGAGUCAGUUGCCGUACGUAUCUUACGUCCAGUUGGAGGAUUAGCUCUGGGAUCCACCAUAGCUUAUCUUGCGUAUGGCGGUACAUCUUCUCGAAAUGAUGAGAGGCUGAAAGAGGCGAUGAGGGAUUACGAAGAAAUGUGGUCUCGGUCCGAGAAGGAGUGGUCUGAUUUGGUGUCGUCUGUUCAAAAGAGUUAA